AUGGGCGAAGCCGCACCUCUAGUAAAUGCUCUCCAUCCUUCCGUGGUAGACAGAAUAGAUCCGCAGUUCGCUGAGAUCUACAACAAAUACCAAGCCCCCCGCCUCCGCGCCGACCAAGUCACCUACGAAGAAUACAACGCCGACCGCUCCAAAUACACCUUCGACAUCGUGCCCGGCCCCUACCCAGAAGUCGGCCGCGUGCAAAUCUACCAGAUUCCCGUCACCGAGCCGGCCGGCUCCAUCGCCGUGCAAGUUUUCUGGCCCAGCGAAGCCGCCAUCGCCAAGGGCGGGUUCGCGACCAAGGACGGCAAGCUGCCGGCCCAUGUGGAUUACCACGGUGGCGGUUUCGUGAUCGGGAGUUUGAAAUCCGACGAGUCGUGGUGCAGACAAGCAUGCGAAGCCGUGGGCUGCAUCGUGCUGAACGUGGACUAUCGUCUCGCUCCCGAAUUCCCGCAUCCAGUUCCCCUGAUGGAUUCAUGGGCCGCUCUAAAAUGGGCAUUCGCGAAUGCCGAUGAGUUGGGGAUUGAUACCUCGCGGAUCUCGGUGGGUGGUUUGUCGGCCGGCGGACAGAUCUCAGCUGCGCUUUCGAUCAUGGCGAGGGAUGACCCUAGUUUACCGCCGCUCGUGCUUCAGAUCUUGAUCGUGCCGUGCGUGGACACAAGGUUCAUUCCUCUGGAGGGAUCGUGCGAUCCGAGCGUGCCCUAUGAAAGCUAUAUCAAGAACGAGUUCGCGCCUUGCUUGCCGCUGAACCGCUUGCGCUGGUUCUAUAGGUUAUGGUUGGGCACUGAUAUGGAGCGCCGUCAAAAACUCGCCGCAGACUUCAAAGCCUCCCCCAUCCUCGCCGCCUCCCACGCCAAUCUCGCCCCCGCCUCCCUCCACAUCGCAGGCGUAGACACGCUCACCUCGGAAGGAAUCGCAUACCACGAAGUUCUGACCAAGGCCGGGACCCCCAGCACCCUGAAGAUCUAUGAGGGAUGCGGUCAUCCGUUCGGUCAUUGGGAUGGGGAAUUGGAGAAGGCGAAGGAGUUUGUGCAGGAUACUUUUGUGGCUAUGAGGAAGGCUUAUGCGGUUUGA